AUGAAUUCAGGAUUUAACUAUGCAGAUUAUCCUGUCAUUGUAGGAAUUGAUUUUGGUACGACUUAUUCUGGCUGUUGCUAUGCAUUUACACAAAAUGAAGAAGUGAUAGACAUUGUUAAAUGGCCUAAACAAAAUAAUCAAGUUUACCCCAAAACACCUACACUUUCAUUAUACCGUAAAGGAUCAACACAGCUCGUAGACUGGGGACAUGGCGCAAGAAGACUAGCUAUGAAGCCCAACAGUUCGGACCUGAUGUUACUUUCUAAAUUCAAAUUAUAUCUUGAUGAGCACUUGCAGCAGACAGAUCUUGGAAACGGGCUUAAUAUUACUGAUGUUAUUGCUGAUUAUUUACGAGCUUUCCAUUUACAUGUCUGUACAGAACUUUUGAAAGGAUUUGCUGGAAACUAUGACCAAUCCCGAUUUAGAUAUUGUUUAACUGUACCUGCUAUGUGGAGCGACAGAGCCAAAGCAACUAUGCGUGAAGCAGCCAUACGCGCUGGACUGAUCAACAGCAACGACCAUCCUGAUCGACUCAUGCUUAUUUCAGAACCGGAAGCAGCUGCUUUGUACUGCGAGAAAAAAUCUGAACAAUUCAACCUGAGACAUGGCCAGCGUUUCAUGAUCUGUGACGCUGGUGGAGGAACAGUUGACUUGAUUGUUUUUGAAAUUCAUGAACCACCAGGAGAAAAACGUACCUUGAAGGAAGUAACAAACGGCCACGGUGGCUCUUGUGGCUCAGGAUUUUUGGAUUUAAGAAUGCGAGAGUAUUUAAAACGCAAGUUUUCGCACUACCAUACCAUCAAUGACUCUGCCAUGGAAUUGAUUAUGGACACGUUUAUCAACGUUAUUAAGCCUGAUUUUGACGGCGUAGAGGAUCAUUUCCUCGAUUUGCCUGCUUCCAUGGGUCUUGGCGAUCUAUCGGAUCCCGAUAUCGGCUUAGAUAACGGCUCGCUUUGCUUACCAGCCGAGGAAUUAAGGGACUACGUCUUUGAGCCUGUGAUUCGCCAGGUGUUGGACCUGAUUCGUGGUCAGUUGGCUCAGUCACCCAAUUUGGAAGCUAUCUUUUUAGUAGGUGGAUUUGGUCAAUCAAACUACCUCUUCCGUCGUGUGGAAGAAGAAUUUGCUAAUCAAGUCGGCAUGAUUGGUGUGCCUCCUCGUGGUGAAUUAGCUGUCGUACGAGGCGCUGUCUAUUUUGGUCUAAGCCCUCAAGUCGUGACGGAGCGUGUGUCCAGAAGAACCUAUGGUGUCGAAACUCGUAUGUUGUUCCAGGAUGAUUUAGAUCCGCCAGAAUAUUCUGUGAUAGGCGCAGAUGGCAAACGUUACUGUCGCCAACGUUUCAGUGUUUAUGUUCAAAAAGGACAAAGUAUUAAAGUAGAUGAAUGUAUUUCGAAAAACUUUGUGAUCAGCUAUCCAAAUGACACGGACUCUGAUCUGUUUGCAUUUGAUGGUGAGGGCCCUCCACCACGAUUAACCUCUCAUCCACUCGUACGCAAAGUGGGUCAUUUUCCUAUUCGUAUGCCACACUUGGAUGGGGUUAAGCCAGGCGACAAAGUGAACAUGACAAUCAAGAUGUAUUUCGGCUUAACAGAAAUUAAGAUUGAAUGUAUCAUCCGAGACAAGUCUUUCACGUUUACUUCUUCAUUCGACGCAGCUGAUACACUUGCAGACAAUUAUCCGCAACAAGCACAGCAAGACCCUUAUUAUUAUCAGCAGACGCCCAUCAUGAGUAGCAAUCAAGUUUAUGGCGUGAAUGACUUGACAAACUCGAUGAGUCAUGUCUCUCUUCAGCAGCAGCCUUCAACCUAUAGCAACUAUCCUCCAACAACCUCUCAGCCCUAUAAUCAAUCUUCUUAUUAUCCUCCUAACAACAACUACGACUAUUACGCUCAAUCCACCUAUCCUCAGCAACAGCAGCCACAGCAAGGAUACUCUUCCUACUACGGUGGUACGAAUGGUAGUCAAGGGGGAUAUUCGCCCAAUGCAGCGCAUGGAUACCCUCCUCAACAACAGCAACCACCAGGCUAUGGGAACUAUCAUUAA